GGGCUUGUUUUAAAAAUAAAAUUCACUCUACUCGUCUUCCUCUUCUUUCUCAAAAGCGCAUUUCCUCGUCUUCCUGGGUUCGUGACGCCAUUUCAUCCAAAAUUCACUCUACUCGUCUUCUUCUUCUUCCUUAAAAGCGCAUUUCUUCGUCUUCCUCAUCUUCCUGGGUUCGUGACGCCAUUUCGUCCACCCGCCAAUUAACAGUUUUUGCUGCUCCAAGCCUUCGACGCCGGACCACCCCGCAUCCUACCACUUGUGACGCUUUUCAGAGGUGUUCCUCGCUCCUUUCACUUCUCCUUUUGUUUCUCUUUUCCAUGAUUUUAAUAUAAAAUUAUAUCUGUAAUUCUAUUAGUUCUUGUAUUUAAUUGAUGAAUUAAGAAGAGAGAAUUAGGAAUUUAUGUGUGUGUUUGGUAUGGUCACAAUGGUUGAGAUUAUUUUCAGUCGAGUGCCAUUAACAUAGGGUUUGUAAUUUCAUAAAUGGGAUUUAUAUGCAUUACACAAAAAAGCUUUAGAAUAUAAUUGAAGUUUUAAAUGAGAUGAUUUACACUUCAUUUGGAUGGAGGGAAAUGGAGGGAAGGGAAAGGAAAGGAAAGGGGGGAACCGUCCUCCCUUAUUUGGAUAACACAUGGGGGGAGGGAAGGGAAAUAAAAGGAUGCAAUAUCCCUCCCUCUUUAAUAAACCAAAUCCUCCCGUUGUUGGAGAGAUUUGGAAGGAAAUGACAUGUUUGUCUUCUCACUCCCCUUCCUUAUGUCCUCCUUCCUUCUUCCCCCUUUCCCUCCCUUUCCCUUCUUGUUUCCUAACCUUACAUUUUCUAGAUAGAAAACCAAAUCCUUUUUUUUAUUUCAUUUCCAGCUGUUAUUGACUAUAAUGGCGGACAAUUUCAUUUCUAGCUGCAAUUGACUAUAAUGGCUGCCCAAUUUGUUUCCCAGUCUGGCUUACUUCUAAUGUCAUCCCAACAACUGAAACAACAAAAGGCCCUAGCCCACUUCGCCAGCUCGCCUCUUCCUCUUCGCAAGUUCGCAUCUUCCUCUUCGCCUCUUCCUCAGACCUCAGUUCCUCUUCGCCUGGAUAUGGGUAUUCCAGAGCAUUUGUUAUAUAAGAAUCGGUUGCUGGAGUUUGCCCAAAGGGAAGUAAUAGCAUUUCCAGUAUAUCAUACCAUCAAUGAAGGAGGACCACCACAUACUCCUCAAUAUAGGUCUACUGUCGAGGUAGAUGGAGAUGCAUACACGUGUCUUAAUUCAUUUUCUACUAGAAAAGCAGCUGAGCAAGAUGCUGCAAGGCUUGCAUUGGAAGGCAUAACUAAGAAGAUUAAAGAGCGUGUAUCAGAGAAGACAACUGACGGGUGUUUUCCUCCUAUUCAUCAGGAUAAGAUAUUUUGCAAGUCUAUACUCCAUGAAUUCGCUGUAAGGAUGAACAAAGAAAGGCCCACUCAUGACACUGUUAGGGUUGAGAGCAUUGUUCCUGUUUUUGUCUCAUCUCUGGUUUUUAAUGGAGUGAAAUAUGUUGGUCAACCUACUGCGAAUAAGAAAGAGGCUGAGCAGCUAGUUGCACGUGCUGCUAUUUUAUCUAUUUUAGAUAAUUCCGGAGAAGGAGUGCACCUGUCAGAGAUUGUAAAAUCCAAGGCUAAAUCUAUUUCUGCAGUUGAUUACUCUUUACAUGCAAUUGACCCCAUUUCAAGAACGAGACUUUGAAGGUACGGGUGAAACUGGUGUGGCGAUUGUGUCCCGAGAAAGAUCUCAUGUUCCAACCAAACACGAGUUCAGAAAGCCAGGACUAGUGACAUGCUCUCAACCUGUGCCACUUCCUGUCGAUACAUCAGCUUGUGGUUCAAAAAGAAAGUGUGAUAAGAGGAAAAUGACUAACAAGAAAGGAAAAAAGAAGAAAGUUUUUUUUAUAGCUUAGUAACGAUUAGAUGACCUUCCAUGUCUUGUAAUUGAAGAAAUAUAUUUUCAGUGUAGAAGAACCCAAGUAAUUAUAUAAUGUGAAUAUGGUAUCUUUUAAACAUAA